GGUCGCGAGUGGCCGGGAAUGACUGGGGGCGGGGCCAAGGGGCCGCGUGCGCCGGAGACUCCCCCCGCCCCGCAGCCGGGAAACGUCCAGAACCCCGAAAUGUGGAGAAAACAACCUUCUUUUCACGGGGGCGUGGCCCGCCGGUUGCAGUUCGCGAAAUUGGCAAAAUGAUGUAAACAGGGAAGUUCGGCAGAUUUCAGUUCAUUGUAAACUUGCCAAGGGAGCCGCCCACAGACACGAGAGAGCUGCUUUGGGACAGUGAAUUACUCUUCUUUUGAGACGGUCUAAUGAUGCCUGGGUGGUGCCUUCGUAGGACGGUCGUCACACCUGAACAAGGGGGUCCCCGGCCCCGGGCCCCAUGCUUUACUGGGCCCUGUUCUGUCCCUCUUCUGGCAUCAUCUCCCAUGGAGAAAAGAAUGUGUUGAAGCCAAGAAGAUGCUCCCCCCAAGAAUAUCAUCUCUGCUAGAACAGGGGCUGGAGUGUAACGGCGUGAUCUCGGCUCACUGCACCCUCGACUUCCUGGAUUCAGGUGAUCCCCUCACCUCAGCCUCCCCAGUAGCUGGUGUGUCCGGAAUUGGUGGGUUCUUGGUCUCACUGACUUCAAGAAUGAAGCCGCGGACCCUCGCGGUGAGUGUUACAGUUCUUAAAGGUGGCGUGUCCGGAGUUUGUUCCUUCUGAUGUUCAGAUGUGUUCGGAGUUUCUUCCUUCUGGUGGGUUUGUGGUCUCGCUGGCUCAGGAGUGAAGCUGCAGACCUUCGCGGUGAGUGUUACAGCUCUUAAGGCAGCGCGUCUCAAGUUGUUCAUUUCUCCCGGGGGGUUCGUGGUCUCAUUGGCUUCAGCAGUGAAGCUGCAGACCUUCGUGGUGAGUGUUACAGCUCAUAAAGGCAGUGUGGACCCAAAGAGUGAGCAGCAGCAAGAUUUAUUGCAAAGAAAGACAAAGCUUCCCCAGUAUGGAAGGGGACCCAAGCAGGUUGCCACUGCUGGCUCAGGCAGCCUGCUUUUAUUCUCUUGUCUGGCCCCACCCACAUCCUGCUGAUUGGUAGAGCCAAGUGGUCUGUUUUGACAGGGCGCUGAUUGGUGUGUUUACAAUCCCGGAGCUAGACACAAAGGUUCUCCACCUCCCCACCAGAGUAGCUAGAUACAGAGUGUCGAUUCGUGCAUUCACAAACCCUGAGCUAGACACAGGGUGCCGAUUGGUGCAUUUACAAUCCCUUAGCUAGACAUAAAGGUUCUGCAGGUCCCCACUAAACUCAGGAGCCCAGCUGGCUUCACCUAGUGGAUCCCGCACCUGGGCUGCAGGUGGAGCUGCCUGCCACUCCCAUGCCGUGCACCCGCACUCCUCAGCCCUUGGGUCGUCGAUGGGACUGGGCACCGUAGAGCAGGGGGCGGCGCUUGUCGGGGAGGCUCCUGCAGCACAGCAGCCCAUAGAGAGGGGGAGGCUCGGGCAUGGCGGGCUGCAGGUCCCGAGCCCUGCCCCGCGGGGAGGCAGCUAAGGCCCGGCAAGAAAUCGAGCCCAGUGCCGGUGGGCGGCACUGCUCCGAGUACGGGGCCUCCACAGCCGCUGGCCCUGGUGCUAAGCCCCUCAUUGCAUGGGGCCGGCAGGGCCCGCCGGCUGCUCCGAGUGCGGGGCCCGCCAAGCCCACGCACACCUGGAGCUCCAGCUGGCCCGCAAGUGCCCGCACAGCCCCGGUUCCCGCUCGUGCCUCUCCCUCCACACUUCCUUGCAAGCUGAGGGAGCCAGCUCCGGCCUUGGCCAGCCCAGAAAGGGGCUCCCACAGUGCAGCAGUGGGCUGAAGGGCUCCUCAAGUGCUGCCAAAGUGGGAGCCCAGGCAGAGGAGGUGCCGAGAGCGAGUGAGGCCUCUGAGGACUGCCAGCACGCUGUCACCUCUCACUGGGACUACAGGACUUCAUAUGGCGUUUCUUGAAAGGCAAAACUGUCAUCACUUCCACUGACAGUUCCAUAGGUGUGGGCAUCACCUGCUACAGCAAAUCCAGUAAGCCCCCUCCAACCUGGCAGCACCACUGCAGGUCCUCAUGCCUGGUCCUGCCCUGGCAGAACCUCCACACCCACUCGGCUAGAGGAGAUGGGAGCAGUCCUAGGAAAGAACACCUCAGACAUCCACUGUUCUUACCCAACGUUCAGCAUGUUGUCAAGCUUAAACACUUCUCAGAUUGUUGUAUGAGUUUUAUUGAUUUCCAGAGCACCAAAAUAGUUGUUCUUGUCAAUUUUGUUCAGACUUAUAGUUGCUUUCUGGGGAGAGGAUUUGCUGACUUUUCACAUGGCUGUAGCUGGAAAUACGCUUCCACCCCCAGUGUUUCUGAUUCAUUAGACCCGGGGUGCAACUGGAGAAUUUGCAUAGCCCAAAAAAGAAGUGUGUUACAGUUCCUCCCCCACUCUCUCUCUUGCUCCUGCUUUCACCAUGUGAAAUGCCUGCUCCCACGUUGCCUUCUGCCAUGAAUAAAAGCUCCCUGAGGCCCCCCA